AUGAGAUUACGCUUUUGUAUAGUCUAUGCGCUGUUUUUUACAGCAAGUGGCGCAGAGUGCAUAGAGAUGACACCCGAGAGCAUGGUGGGCUGUUUGAGCGCCGUGGUGGGCUGCGUGGGAGAAACUCCUGUGAUUUUGAGGCCACAGUGGCCUGGGCACCCGGUGUGCUUGAACCGGCUGGGCUGGCUGGGAUAUGCGUAUAACAUGCGGGCGUACUCGUGCGGGCUGAGCACGGGCUUUUCCCUGACGCUGAGCAGCAGCGCCUGCGGGCGCCAGGUGGCGUGCAUGCACAUAAGAGAGCUGCACAAGGACGAGGCAUACUAUCCUGCGAGCAACAGCGUGCUUAGCUACGACGAAAAGUAUAGUGUGGCGUUCCAUAGGAUGCUGCUGUAUAUGUUUUCGCUGCAGAGAGUCGGCGCGCAGACAUACGACCGCCUGACGAUUGAGUCCGAGCGGACGGGGUGUCUCACGCGGUUUCUCCGGGAGAGCUGCAGAACAAAAAAAGAGGCGCACUACGUGCUGGCUGCGCUGGUUCUGCUGGGCGAGGGCGUCGACGUGCCGAUUGAGACUUCUGGGAACAGAGUGAUUAUAAAAAAAAGAAAAGACAGCAAUGACGUGCUGGUGGACGCGUGCGUGGUGAGGGCGGCCUUGUGCUACGGGGAAGCCCGGCCUUCCGAGGUUUGGCAGGUGAUAAACUUCUUCAAGCAGUAUAGGCGCGCCAAAAGGCUGCCGGACACGCACAAGAAAUUUUAA